AUGCAAAACGUUAAAAGUUAUUUUUCGUCUUGGAAACCAUUUUGGAAAUCGUCAACAAAUUCUUGUCAUUCCCGAACGUUAACAUUAGCGCCAUCAAAUAUUAAUUUUACAAGUUCAAGUUUAGGUGAUUUAAAACAUUCAGUUAUCGAUGAAAAACUCAUGAUUGAUAUAUCAACAAAAUUAAUGGAGAGCGAUUGCCCACCGAAAUUACAAAUAUGUGCACAUAAUAACCAGUGGUUUGCAUUGAAUAAUAGCCAUUUGCUUGUUUAUCGUCAAUUAGAACGUAUUGGCCUCUGUGAUACUGUUGUAUGUGACAUCAUUAGAAGUCAAGAUGUACCUAUUGGUAUUCGACAAACACUUACACCUGUUACGCCAAAUGAUUCCGAACAUGAUCAUCAUCCAUGCUUUCAACAUUCACGCGGGCGUAGUGGCGAUCAUUAUAUGCUUAUGGACGAAGAAAGACCAGACAGUCAAGAUGAAAUUUUAUAUUGUGCUGAUACUCUCAUAGAUUCGUGUGGUUGUUAUGAAGGCGAAGAUCAAUGCGAUUGUAGCGUUGUUACAUACGGCGAAAGUGAUCAUGACGGAGAAUCGGACGAUGAACAAACUGAUGAUAAUUACGGUGAGUGGCAUACAAGUUCUUCAGUACCAAUCACACAAAUCAGUACAAUCAGUAGUAACCGAUUAGAUGACAUCGAUAAUGACGAUGAUGGCAUUGAAGAUAACCAAAAAGAAAUGCAAAGUUUAUUGUAA